UUGAUAAAAAUCUACUUAACAACAUUCAUUUGUGCAUCAAACUCUAACAUUACAACAGCAUAUAUAUUGGACUUGGCCUUAAGAAUCAAAUCAUCUCUGUGGUUAAAAUUUUAUGUUUUGAAGGAUUAUAGUAGAAGGAAUGGAAGGACUUCGGUUUUCAAGUGCUGCGGCUUUAUUCUGCAGUAUUUCAUCGCUGGUUGUUUCUGCGAUUGGGCUGUUUAUAAAAUCUUGGUGGUUAAAUGUACAAGAUAAUGAAACAACAUAUGGACUUUUCACAGUUGUACAUUGUGAAAAAUACUUGUGUACACUGGCUGAUGGCUCAAACGAAGGCUGGGUCGUGUUUACGCAGGUUGCAGUCGUGUCCCAGUUUAUCAUGCUGAUUACAGCGGUCAUAUUUCAGACUACUGGGCUUGUGAAGAAAAACUUUUGUCUGAUAAUCGCGGCGUCUGGUUCCCUCGGUUGGGCGUGCUUGUCAUCGGUGCUACAAAUGUGUGUACUGUCAAAGAUAUACUUGAAGUUGACAGACGCAUACCAGACGACAACAAUUCGACCCGGAAAUUACGUCAUCUACCAAACACUUCCUCUGGGACUGUGUCUUAUUUCCGGUUCUCUCUGUAUUCCAGCGUUUGUUUGUUUGGUUAUUUAUAGAACCGAGGAGAGGAAAAUGAGACUAAAGCCAUCCAGUAUUGUUUAACUUAUGAAAUACUUCCGAUUCUGACAUGAAUAUAGGGAGUAAUUACGUAAGCAAUCUUAAGUCGUUCAAUUUACAUGUUAAAAAUUGUAUAUUCUUAAUCCCAUUGAUUAAAAUGUACAUGUAUUACCUUUUACAUUUGUUAAAUUCGCACAAUCUUGGUAUUGUCCUUUCUCUUAUAUAUUACUUUGAAGCAUAUGGUUUAACCAUGAACAGGUUUAAUCAACAUUUUAGUUUUGUCGUGUUGGGCUACCCGUGGAAUUUCCACAUAAAGUUUGUGCUUUAAGUGCAUAAAACAUGUGAUAAUGAAACAAAUAAAUAUGUUUUAUCAAUUUUGUUUGGAUCAUACUGCAUACACAACCUGUCGCAAUAUGCCGAUAUAGUGGUUUGAAGUUACAUAACGAAACGGACGGUCCAAUGCUAAAUAGUUCCGCUAAAUUUCUUUUAGUUUUGUAUAGCUCACGCAAAACGUACAUGUAUAUACAUAUUGUUUGCUGAUCACAAUUCGAAGAUGAAUAAUCGGCAGACAGCCAAAUGCCAGAAGGCUGACAUAUAUCCUGCUUUUGCGUUUUAGACGACCUUAAAUAACAGUUGACCAAUUCAAUUCAUACUUUUGAGAAUUUAUACCUAAGAAAAAUUGCUCUUGCAAAUAGUGAAGCAUUUAAAACAAUUGUCUCUCGCACAUUAAAAGAUGUAUAGGCAAUAGCAAUAAUGAAACGGAAACCAAAUAUAGCAACGCAGCAUGACACGGUCAACAAGACGCACAAUGCCUAACUUGGUAAUGCUGCGUCGCUGUUACAUGGGUUUGUUGUUAUGUGGAAUGAAUUUCAAGAAAUUUCACUUGUGAUAAGAACUGCAUAAUUCAAAAACAAUAAUUUUUUUCUCAAGUUCUUGUAGAAUAACACUUUUUAUCUGGUUAACUUUUUAAAAGUUUUAAUACCACACAUUGAAUUAACAUUACGUGACAAAGCCUUUAACGUCGCACCGACACAAUCAUAGGUCAUACGGUGACUUUCCAGCUUUGAUGGUGGAGGAAGACCCCAGGUGCCCCUCCGUGCAUUAUUUCAUCACGAGCUUCCGUAAGCCAGCUGGGUGGCUUCCUCACAUGAAAAAUGCAACGCCCCGAGUGAGGCCCGAACCCACAUCGAUGAGGGGCAAGUGAUUUGAAGUCAGCGACCUUAACCACUCGGCCACGGAGGCCCCCUUAUUAUUAUUAUCAACAUCAUUAUUAUGAUUUAUCAAAUAUUAUAUGUUUCGAGUUGUUAUGCAUUGAUGACGAAAGAAAUUGUUCAGCUAAAAUAAUUUUGAAUAUACAGCUGAACCUACUUCAGCGACCACCUGUAUUGAAUGACCACUUGCAUUAAGCAGUCAGUCGACUAACGUCUCAAGUUGACAUUUAGUUAUAAUUUCAACUUGAUUAACAUAGCCAUUUUGUGUAGCUCCCUGGACUGGCAGCGUCAAACAGGGUUGACCGUAAAUUAAUGGAAUGAAAUUGCGUUUACACUAUUCGCCGUUGCUGUGUUGUUUUACUGGCUUACUGUUGAACUUCAUAUAUCUUUAAUUCGAUAUAAAAAGGUUAUUAUAAUAGAAGCUUGAUCUGGGAUGCUGUGUUCGAUCAUGAUCGUGGAUUUUGCCAGGUCGGUUGUCGUGGAUGUCGCCACGUCUGAUUGUACGAGGCGCGCAAACGCAAAUGCGACUCGGCCUUGCAAUAUCCACCACUGGAGGUGAAUAAACGUCCCAGAUCCAGCAAUUGUUAUAAUGAUGCUUUUACAAUAUAUCUCUUCCUUUUGUGUUGUUUUGCUUUUUGACCAAUGCAAAUUGUCAGGAUACGAGUUAUAUGACCCAGGGAAGUGCCUACGCCUUUAGUAUUUUGAACAAUGAAAUGGGUCCAAUCGCUAAGGUGACUAUAUAUUAGACUAGCUGAGAAACGAUGUAGAAUGUUUUUUGUUAAAAUGUAGAGCUGGGGAGACCAGAUAUCUCAUAUAUAGAAUUUUCCUCUGGCUACCUUGCCUAAAUGAUUCGUGUAUCAAUGAUUCGUAAAUGAUUUCAGUUAUAAGCUAGGUAAUUUCAGGGAUCAGGCAAAAAUCAUUCAGUGUUUAAACUAUCAGUCUUCAACUCAAAAUCAGCAGGUUUAAAUCCUUUAGGCUGGAGAUACUUUACUUGACUGGUCUUUGUGUCGAAGUUCCCUUCAGCCGAUGUCUUUGAACAACAUCGUACGAGUCCUAUCGCAUAGAUGCUCAGCCUAUGUUCUCUUCAUUAAAGCUGCAACUCAAUAAGAUUGCCCUGACUCCUGAAUGCUCAGCGCCUAUGUGCAUUCACUUAUAGCAUUCAACUACCAUAUAGGUACAAUCCUGAUGCCUUGGCCGACUUCGCCAAUAAGGCUGAACCUCGGCUAUAAGCUGGAAUUCUCCUACUUUCUCAGUAGAUCACCGAAACCUAUGUCUCUGCCUCAGCUUUCCGAUGCUCAAUCUAUAUUUGCUAUCGUCUAUAGCAUUCAACUACCCGUAAGGUAAAACUCCUAUGCGCUGGCCCUAGCCUAUAGCUCGAAACCUUGUUGAAAUUCUGAAACUCUUCUUCAAACAUCUUCUUUUUAAUAAUUGAUCCUCCCUGACAGUGUAGUUGCAAUAACUUCCUCAUCAAGGUACUGGGAUAAAUUAUUAGUUGAACAACGACUUCCGCAUAUAGUAAGCGAGAACGUUCCUUAGAUGACGUCGCAGUUGUUCCGUCCGGUGCACUGAAUGGCCGGGGAAGCUGCUUUAAACGUUCAAUGCAACAAACUGUGUGAAACUUUAAUCUUGUUUACAAAUGUAUAGGAAAUACAAUGUUUAAUUUGCCGAUCCUACUCUAUUGUUCAUUGACACCGGAAAAAUAUUUCAUUUCUUAAAAUAAAUAAAAAAAAAAGAAUAUAUAGUGGACAUUUCAAACAAAGCGUAACAGGAAAUUUCGUCUACAUAUGUCCCUAUAAAAUAAUUAGUUAUUUUCAAAUUAUUAAAUUAUUCUUCAAAUACCAAGCGUCUGUAAUACAUAUUUGUCCUAUACAGUGUGCCUAUUACAUAAUGUCUGGUAAGAUAGACAUCAAUGUAUCAAAGACUUGCAUCAAACCAAUACAUAUUUGGUAAGGUAACGACAUCUUUAUUAACAAACGUUCAUUAAUUAUUCAAAAGUGGUCAAGAAAAAUAAUGUUCUAUUACGGUUUCCAAUAAUUUAAUUUAUUCCUAUUUACAUCUUGGUCAAUAAAAUCAUAUUCUUUAUGUAUAAGAUGUAUGGAAAUAAGCUGAAGUUAUCCGAGUGAAUGCCAGUUUAGAAAAAAAAGCAAACAGCGUGGCAAUAUAUGUUUAAAUUAUCAACUGGAAUGGUCAACGUAAAUAGCAAAACAGAAAUGUGAAAGUGAAAGCAAAAUGAAACUGACUUACGUUUUAUAUUUUUUAACCGUAGCUACGGUUUCUGGACAAUUUGAUCCACUGGUAAAUGUUGAGAGCUGUACAAAAUCUAAGCUGGUUGUAUCUACAUACGGUGCAAUGGAUAGCGGUCUCAUUUAUAUACAGGGACAAGACGAACAGUGCAAACACACGACAUUGUCAGGACUGGCAAUGUACGAAUUUGACUUUGAAGAUUGCAAUAUUCAAUGGGAAAUGUUGUUCCGGAUUGUUGUUCAAAAGAACAGCGGGUACCAAACAGGAGCGGAUAAAGUCAUUCCGAUAUUCUGUGUUGCGGACCGUAGUGAACUUGUUGUUUCAAACACCAAAAAUGCGGAGAAGGCUGACGAUGGAAGUGUGAAUAUUACUGUGAAACCCACCGCCACCAUGUCAUUCUAUAAGGUAGUGGCGGAGGAGGAAGUGAGUGGCCAGGAGGUGAAGUUGUCAGACACACUUAUCAUGGCACUUCAGUUAGACAGUCAGUACAUGGAUGAUCUUGAUAUAAAGGCAAGGUACUGCAUAGCUUCCGGGCUUGUCAUCAUAGAAAACUACUGUUCAACCGACACCGACCUGUUUCCCAACUUUUCGAGACUGAGGGCUGGUUAUCUAAUGAGUGAGUUCGGAGCAUUUCGACCUACUAAUCUUGAGGGACAAGCGCUUGAAAUGAACUUCACAUGCAUACUCGAGGUUUGCAGAGACGCUUGCGCAGAGACAUUUUGUGGAGGACUCUCUGGAUGGGGAAGAAGAAAACGAAAUUCUGCGGAAGGAAACGUAGCUCAUAUCGGCAAAGACAACACAGUUACUGCCCUUGAUACAAAGGAACAUCAGUUAUCGAAGCGACAAGCUGACUUGUAUGACAUCGAUGUAGGGGCUAAUGUUAAGAUAGUUGAGAAAUAUUCGGAGAUCCAUGUAGUAACAGAAGAGACAAUGUGUAUGAAUGCAGCCAUUCUCAUCACCAUUAUGAUAUUUCUGAGCGCGGGCUUUGUCGGGUUUGCUGGUUCAACAUUUAUUUUCUACCGGAAGUGGACAGCUUCACAGUCUGUGAUCGGAAAGUCUGCUGCCGGAAGUAGAGCAGAGAAUAAAAGAAAGGAUUCGGGCUUCCCUGGACAAAUAGAAAAUGCGUUCAGCAGAAAUGUCUUCAACCAAUAUUGACAUGUUACAGAAGUUAAAAGAAAUGUUUGUGUUAGUGGUUGUAUGUUUACAAGGCAGCAAAUAUUUCAAGACUCGUGUACUGAUGAUGAGUGCAUAU